AUGCAAGGCUUUGGGGGAAAUGAUAACUUGCAAUCAAUUAUUGCCUCAGUAUAAAACGAUAUUAAAAAUCUAAGAACUUAGUUGGAAAAUAUACCACCUUUUCCAAAAGAUCAAAGACCUCCCUCUCCUUUGGCCAAAUUCUAAAACAAUCUUGAAAAAAUUGAGUUCACAUUGAAUCAAAACAAAGGAAUGGGAUCUUUUAAAGGGACUACAAGGGCAAACUCUAGUGGUACUGGAUUUAAUCAGUCAAAUGAUUAUAAGUUACCAGAUAUAAACCAAGGAAGCAUGCAGUCUAUGUAUUCAGAUAGUAAAAAGUUUAACAUUGGAGCAGUAAGCAAACCUGUAAAGGCUUUGGUCAAGGAGUCUAAAAUAAGUUAAAUUCUUGGGGAUCCAGAGAAUCAAUGUGGCCAUGACUACUUGCGCAAGAAAUAUGCACUUCCAAAACCAAAUUAGGUGAAAUAUGGUAGAGCUCAGGGUGCAAUGAGCAAUCAUGAUCUUGAAAGGUUAGGUGCAGGAACAAUAAAAGGCAAAAAAGUAACAUAACCUAAGAGAAUUCUGCCGAAAAAUUUCAGAGACGAUCCUUUUGCAGAUCCACCUCCUAUAACUGAAGACGAUAUCUCAGAUGGAAUGUUUAGUUUACUAAACAGGGGCAUAAUUCCUCGAGAUGUCGACUUAUCACCUGCCUUCGAAAGAGGUAACGCUCCAUUUAUGUUUUAAAAGGCCUAGCUAUUCUCAAAGCCUUAAUAUUUACCUCUUUCUCAAAAGCAGGUAUCUGCUCCUCCAGCAGCAAUUAAAUAUUAAAGAAACGAAGAUUAAAAUAUGCAAAAUACAAAUACAUUCUUAACAGCUCUUGGAAACAAUCAAAUAAUUUAGUAAUCUACUCUCAACCAAAAUAAAUAGAUGACUCUCAACAAGACAAACUCUAAAACUAAUGUAGAAUAAAUAGAAGAUCAUAAUUACUAAGUGGCUUUAAGGUAAGAGGACUAGAUCAUAGAGAGAAAGAGGAUAGACUUAGAUGAGUACAAUUUAUAAGGAGAAAUGGAUGAUGAUCAAGUAUCUAAUGCUGGAAUGGGUGCUUAUCCAGGACUAAGAUCUAUGCUAGAUUAAUAUACAUUUGUCAUUAAAAAGGGAAAAGUGUUGGAAUAGUCUCAUGAAUUUAUAUAAUUUAAAAGGGCAAAUAUUACUAAAUGGGGGGCAAUUUAAUUUAUAGUCUAACAGCUCGAAAGAUUUUUAGGAUAAUAUAAUGUUCCCUUUGCCAAUAUAGAUACCAAGAAGGUCCUUUAUUUUUCUGAUUAGGAAUUUGAUAAUUUAAAUGAUGAUGAUCUUCUAUCAUGUAUUUCAAAUAGAUAGUAAGUUUGGGAAGCAAUUAAAAAUCCUAAAUAAAAGUUUAAAGGACCAUACGGACCUGUACUUGCUGCAAUUAACAUUCAAAAGAAUUGGAGAAGAUACAAAGCUUACAGUGCUUAUUCAUAAUUAAAAUUCUUGAUGGAAAAGGCAACAAUAAUUCAAAGAAAGUUUAGACUUUAUCAAUUGAAGAAAUCUACAAAGAACAAGAUCAAAGAGCUCAAUAAAGAAUCAAUUGCAGUGUGGCGUGAAAUGUAAGAUGAAUUCAAACGAAGAUGGGGAGAUAUUAAAAAGUAAAAGAGAGUUGAGAUCCAUAUUAAUUCCUACUCAAUUACAGAAAUGUAAAGAAUGUCAAUUGAAAAAUUCAAGCAAAAGGAAAAUGCCCAGAUAGCAAGAAUCUUUUCAGUUAAGGAUCCAAAUGUUGAUGUAAUUUAUGUCAGUCCCUUUACUCUUACAAAUGAUGUCUACAAGUAUUACCUUAAAAUUUUGGAAUUAGUAGAAAUCGAGAAUCCAGAGAAGAGAUUCAAUAUUAUAGUGCCUGAAAACUAUGUAAAGUUUCCACAGCAUUUUAGCGUAAGUUAAGCACUUCUCUAUUCUCCAAAGGCUUUAAAGAGAAUUUAAAGUUUGAUAAAGGGGAAAUAGGCCUAUGUAGUUCCCGGAAUAGUAAAUGACUACGAUGUAAAACUUUCAAUUUAACUAGCUGUGCCAAUACUAUGUGGUGAACCCGAAAAGACUAACCUUUACUCAACUAAGUCAGGAGCCAAGAGAAUCUUCCAAUAAGCUGAUGUUCCCACUCCAAUCUCAGCUUAUGAUAUUUAUGAUAGAAACGAAUUCGAUGUAUCUUUAGCUAGGCUAAUUGCACAUAACUUGUUUGUAAACACCUGGAUAUUUAAGAUCGAUGAUGAGAUGAAUGGUAGAGGACAUGCCUCUCUUAAUGUAGAAACAAUAAAGACUAUAAUUGAAUUAAGAAAGAAAAAAGUUGAAAUGACUGAGUCUAUCAUUGAAAAACUUCUUGAGGUUUUAAGGAAAGUACUUCCAAAGAAAGUAAAGAUUGCAUAGCCAACAUUAUUCAAGAACUGGGAUGAAUAUAUUGAGCAUUUUUGUAGAAUUGGAGGAGUCAUUGAAGCUACUCCUAUGUGCCCUCCUAAUUCAUUAGCUUCUCCAUCAAUUGCCUUCUUCCUGGAACCAGAUGGAAAUGUUGAAUUGAUUGGUUCAUUUGAUAAGUUUGCAGCCAAAGAGUAUAAUAACGCAGGAUGCUUCUUCCCUUAGACUAGUUUACCCCAGAUGAAUCUAAUGACUAUUAGCAAGGCAAUCGGGGAAGUUCUCUAUGAAAAAGGUGUUAUCGGUCAUGUAACAGUAGACUUAGUAAGUUUCCCUGAUCCCACUAAUCCAAAAGCACAUCCAUUGUUCUGGGCAGUAGAUAUUAACUGCUCAUUAUCAGACUAUGCAACUAUUUGUCUUUUCUUUGAUAUUCUUAUGGAAGGCAGACUUGACCCAUAAACCGGAGAAUACUCAAUUGAAGUUAUCAAGGAUCCAGAUGAUAUAGGCGAUCGUGAAUUUGAUGAGAAGAAGCCAAAUAAUUUCUUCGAGCAGAGAAACUUUAUGUUUUGUAGGUUCCUCCAUCACCCAGGACUCGCUACCAUUUAGUACAAAACCUUCUUUCAUAUGUGUCGUUUGGAAUCAAUCUCAUUCGAUAUGGAGAAAAGGAGUGGAAGUACAUUUGUACUUUACGAUUGUCUUCAAAGUGGAGUUAUAGCUAUGCUUACAAUCGGAGUCCAUAGGAAAGUCUCGGUCAAUCACAUGGUUGAUGCACUUAAUUUUAUUCAGAAUCAGGCUGGAGUUAUUCCUCAGAGAGCCCUCAUGGAUGAUGUUAGAGUUGAUGAAGUAGCCAUUGGAGAUGUUAUUCAAAGAGUCAGGCUUAUUAAUAGAGCUUUCGAGAAGAAGUCCAAGAAAACUAUUAAGGGUGACAAGAUUUCUUUCAUGUCUGAGAUUAUUUGA